AUGCUACCGCAGUCGCUCCAUUCAGUGUGGCCCGGGUCUUCAAUGUGUUUUGUCACGCUUUAGCGCAAACAGUACACCUCGGUUGGAACUACAGCUACAUACUUCUGCCGAAGUACAGAGAAGCUCCUCCUCCGCCCAGACAAACAGCAAAAGUCCAUCAGCGAUCCAGCAACAGCAAAUUAAACGACUCAGAAGUUUUGGAUUUCCAUUGAACACGCCAAACACAAUAUGCUCGCCCCUUGCCUGCUGCUAGUCGCCACAGUGGCCAGUUGGAGCCUCCAGGCGCAGGCCAUUCGGGUGGACUGGGGCACCAACACGGGACCCAUAGUGCCGCCACCUCCGCGCACCACACCGCAGCCCCCGCGGAAGCCGUACCGGGAACCAGCGCCCGUCUGGGAGGACCAGAGCGACGACGUCCCCAACCCCAAUCCCUACGUAUAUGUCUUACCGCCACCUUCUCGUCCCAGGACUUGGGCCAUCCCGGCAGGACCCUAUGCCCCACCCAACUACAAUAACCAGCCGCCGAAGAACAACAACUAUGGACAACUGGCGACAACUCCGUUCAGCGGCGGAGUGACUUCCGUGUCCGGUCUGGCCGCCCAGUAUGUUCCUGGAGUGGGAACCAAGUACACGGCGAUCCUGGUGCCCGACAAGCUGCAGGGCAAAUACAAUGCCAAGACGAAGAAGUACAAGGCCUACGAGAAGGCCAAGUACGCGUAUCCCUGGAACUAUUUGCAGCAGUUGCCGGUGGAGGAGAAGGCCUUGGAGUGGCAGGCGGAGCUCGAGAAGCAGCUCGACGAGCAGGCUCGGGCUGACGCUUCCUCCACAAGCACUACCAGCUCCAGCACCAGCACUAGCACCACUUCGACUACCACCACGUCGACACCAUCAUCGGCGAGCAGCAGCACUCCGGCAGCCGCAACAACAACAGCAUCGACGACAACGAGCAGCAGCACACAGCAGCCCACAACAACGAUCGGCAACUACAAGCUGGCGCACGAGAAGAGCGCCUACCUGAAGAAGCACCACAAGCUGAAGAACCUCUACCAGCUGCACAUGGAGAAGGAGAAGAAGCAGCUGGCGGAGCAACUUCGGAUGGAGAAGAAGGCACUGCAGGAGCGGGACUUGUUGCAGGCCAGUUGAACGACGGGGCGGGACGACAUCGGACACAAAAACAAAACAUUUAAUCGAAAAUUAACUUUAAGACUUGCCCAAAAUGUUGUAAAUAACUAUUAAUAAAAUUAAACAAACCGAUAAACCGUAA